AUGGCCAGAAAAUCAUUCCAAACGUCUCCAAUACACCCUCAAAAGUCCAGCCGCGAUACCUCCCCUCAAUCCAAAACAUCACCUCCGCCGAGGCUGAGCCCUACAUCGACAUUUCCGAAGGGCUCAACCAUCAGAACUGUGACUUCCACAUCAUCAAAUGAGCUGGAAAACACCGACUUCCAGGAACGGGAAAAUAUCGCAAACAAGGCCGAACAGCCACAGUCGCCGAGCAUUACUGCUAUUCCGCCAUACCCCCCGUCACCUCAGCAAGGAAACAAACAUGCAAGAGAUCCUUCCAAAUCCUUUUUCUCUAACCUCAAAGCAUCCAGAUCUGCCCAACGGAUACAUCUCUCAGACGCGUCAAGUGGACAUUCCGGUGAGGAAAAAUCUUCAAUGAGUAGAGGCAGUUCUAGGGAUAGGGCCGGCCGCGGCGUGACGCGAACAUCGCCAAAACCUGACUCACCUAAGCAGACUGACAAACCCAACAGCGAUACAAGUGAAGAUCACCAAUCCCCCCCUCCACGCUCCGCAAGCUUAAAGCCAGCAGAAGACUCCACCUCAACCUCCAACCCGCCAAUACUUCCACCACCUUCUUCCUCGGCGCCACCCGCCCCUUCAGCAAUACACUCUCUUAACCCAAAGAAAAGCAAACCACGCUUUGGAGGCUUGUUGGCUCGUACCCGCUCCAUCCGUGCUGACGACGGUUUACAAAGCCCUCGUUCGGCCGCACCCAAGAAACGACCCUCAAAUGGCCUUUUGCGCCUCGACGAGACCCGUACUGAUACUGAUCCCCCACUAAAAACUGCUCCUUUACACCAAGAACGAACAUUCAGAGACGUCAUGGGAUCGACUGCCCGUAACCGUUCUGCGGAUCGACCAGCCACCCGAGAUGGCAGUCGUAACGUCUCAAAUCAGAAUGCCAGUUUACAGUCUCUGCAAGCAAAUCCAAAGCGAGAACGUAGCCACGGAAGCUCUAUGAUGAGCUCUGUAGCAAGUUCAUCGCUAUUCAACAAUAUCAAAAACACUUCCAGCGGAGCGGCAGAUCGUAUUGGUAAAGCUGGCAAGGGGUUCUUCGGGAAAAUUGCGCGCAGCGGCAGCAGCCAUGAGCGAGAGGUUAUCCCGGAUGAUAACUACAAUUUUGGAUGCCUGCUUUACCUUGGAGAUGUAUCGAAACUCGAUAUCAACCUCUUCGAUGAGCCUGAUCUCUAUGAUAUCAACACCAUAGGAUCAAUGUUUAAAGCAUGGCUCCGCUGUCUUCCUGACGAAAUAUUACCGAAAGAAACGCAGGCAAAGAUUGCGGCUGAAUGCCCCGGCGCCACCACAGCACCGCAACUUCUCAAAGACGAACUCUCCAAAUUACCCCCAUAUAACUAUUACCUCCUCUUCACAAUCACUUGUCAUCUCAGCCUACUCCACUCUUACGUCGACAAGAACAAAAUGGACUACCGCAACUUAUGUAUCUGUUUCCAACCAUGCUUGAAGAUAGAUGGAUAUUGCUUCAACUUCCUUGUAUGCGACUGGAAGAACUGCUGGCAGGGAUGCUGGACGGAGAAGGAACAUCUCGAGAUUGAGGCGGAGCUUGAUAGGCAAGAGAGGGAGAAACAGCGACAGCUCAAUGGUAAUACUUUGGAUACAUCAUCAUUGGUGCCAUCAAGGGCGUCUGGUGUUACGGGCGAAGAGAGAGCCAUCUCUUCAUCAGGUAGCAGCCAGCCACCACCACAAAUGCCACAAUCACCGCAGCGAUCGCCACGGCGGCGAUCGCGUAGCUCUACUGAUUGCACUGAUGGAACUCGUACUAUACCCAGAAGUAACAACUCAACCCGCUCCGUUAGCCCCAAGAAAAGUGCCAAAGAGGUAUCCCACCCUAGUACUCAUUCUCGAUCAGCCUCACAGCUCCCUGAGUUAGGACCUCCACUAUCACCUAUAAGAUUUUCGACCGAACUUACUACCUGA